AUGUUGUUGGCCCGGAGCCUUCUCCCCGCAGUAGCGGCUGUAGCGGCUGCAGCACUGCCCCCCGGAGGGCCCACCACCGCCACACCACCACCGCCGCCAAGGCCCGCCGGGGUGGCGGCCCGGGGCGGGUGCCCCGAGCUGGAAAACAACGACGGCGUGAACCCCGUGCCGCUGAUAGCCGUAGCGGGUAACUGCGGCUGCGGCGCAGAUGCAGCGACAGGUGACGUGGCGGAUGGGCUGUUGUUGCUGUUGUUGUUGUUGCUGGUGGUGGUGGUGGUGCUGGCGCCGGCGGGUGGUGGCGAGUCUUGCAAACUACCUUCCUCCACGGCGAUGGCGGCCGCCGCCGCCGCCAUCAGCGGCGAAUCAGCGGCGGAGGCGAACCUGGAGCGCCGCCGUGUGGGUGACACCAUGUGUCGCAUGGACGCCAACAGGUCGUCAUCUUUGUACACUGGCGUCGGCGGCCGGACGCAGGAGACUGGGGAGGCGUCUCGGCUGACGCGCGGGCGGACCACUUGGCCUCCCGCGGUUGGGACGUGUGGACUGUGGAGCUGCGAGGUAAUUAUUCAAUUCAGCAGUGCCUUCGGUCGGCGAGGCCUGCGUACAUCUGACGGUACGGAGGCGUACGCGGACCCUGUACGGCUGUCCCGAGUAACCACUCCCGUACUGUUCAUGUGCGGUGACAGGGACCGAAUGUGUCCCCCCCAGGGCGCCGCCGCGACUUGCGCCCUGUUCACGGGCUCCCGCUGCGCGCGGUUCGUGGAGAUAGGUCCCGCGUACGGCACCCGGGACCAUUACGGCCACUUCGACAUCCUGAUGGGCCGGCGGGUGGAGCAGGAGGUGUUUCCGCUGCUGACGGCGUGGCUGGACGAGCACGACACGGAUGCCGUACAACCGACUGCCACGGACUACGGCGUGCCGCGGCAGCAGUUGAUGCAGCAGCAGCAGCGGACGGAGCUCACGCUCCUGGAGCCGCACUUCCAUCGGGCCCUGGGAGGCAUGCCCAUGCUGCCAUCGCAAGAAAGCAUCAAUCACCACAACCGAUUCACCCGUGACAUCAGAUCUGGUCCCGGUCAAAAGGUCCGUCGCGAUGACAACGGCACGGACGAGGACCGCGGCGACUGCAGUCAUGGUGACGGCGGCGCUGCCGUCGGGCAAGCGCUGGCGAAUCUGUUUCCAAACCUAAAGCGAAUCCUCUUCGCCGGUGCCGCUGCUGGUUGCGAGUUGGGAGCUGGCGUCAGACCCGGUGGUUAUGGCGGCCUGCAUGGUCGUGGCGGCGGUGACGGCACCGGCGCCGCGUCGGCGGUGCCGCCCCUCCGGGCGCUGCUGGCCCCGCAGGCCCUACUGGAGCACCUGGCUGCGGCUCUCGCCGCGGGCGGCGGUGGGGGAGGCCGUGACGGCGUCGUGUCUUGUUGCGCUGCGCAGGUCUGCAGCGGCGGCGGCGGCGGCGGCGCCAGCAUGUCUUCCACUGCCACGGGGCUUCAGGCUCUCGUCGUCGAUUACGCCCAGCCCAGUAUCGACCCCUUUGAGGCGGAGCUGCUGGAUCCGCAAUUCGCCCGACUGCCGCUGUUACUUCUAGAUUUCCGAGGACUAGCAGCAGCAGCAGCAGUAGCCGCCGCCGCCGCCGACAAAAAUGGCAGCGGCGGCUGCGCCGCCGCCGCUGCCGCACAGCAUCCCAUACUUCGACAGUCGCCCAUGCAGCACCCCAUCGUGACGGCGCCGCCGCCGCCGCCGCCACUGCUGCUGCAGCUGGCAUCCCUGGAGCUUCGUGGUGUUGCCGUACAACCGGGGUUGCUGACGGGGCUGAGGGAGCUGACGCGGCUGACGAAACUGGUGCUAUCCGUUUCUUGCAGCCGUCCGUACGAGCCGUACCUAAAGCGACUUGCACAUUUGCAUCUGUUCCUGCAUGUGCCCACAGCUGCGGCGGCGCGGCAGCUGAGCGCAACGGCGGCGGUGGCGGCAGCUGCCGCAGGAGGAACGACUGUGGCCGUUGGCGGCAUGCAGCGCAAUUAUAUUCGCGGCGGCGGUGGCGCCGGCGCCGGCGGCGGCUUCGAAGACGUCGACGUGAACGCGCCGGAUUGUACGGCAGUCCAGUUGGCGGCGGCGGUGUCGCAGUGUCGGGGCUUGGUGUCGCUGGGGCUCCCCGGCGAGGGCGUGGACAGCGGUCAGAUGCCUGCCGUACUGCAGGCCCUCCCCCGUCUGACGCGCUUAGAAACACGGCAGUUCGGGUCUUGGGACCUCCCCCACCCCCACACCUCCAUCCGCUCCCUGACGUUGUCCAUGACCUGGCCGUCGUACCUCGCGCACCUGCUACCUAACCUGCCCGUACUGCAACACCUGAGAGCCGACAUGUACAUUCACGCGGAAGGAGAUUAUUGCGGCGGAGGCGGCCGCCGCCGUGGCCGCCGCCGCCGCGGCGGCGAUGAUGAUGGCGGUUGCAGCGGUGUGGAGCAGCUGUACGACGAUCUUCUGGCGGUGACGUCAGGCUUACGUGGCGUGUGUGACGUGGAGUUGCAGUUGUCGGUGAUGCGGUCGGAACCUUGGGAAUGGUCCCGGGUUGUACGGCUGCUGGCGGGGGUGCGGGGCCUGCGGGGCCUGACGUUGCGGAUGCCCCACAGAGACAGCGGCCCUCCCUUGGGAACUCAACACUUUAGCUCUCUGUGCAGACAGCUCACGUCCCUGCGGCGGCUCACCCUGCUGCUGGCACACCCCAACUGCUCCAAGCUCAACGCCAAGGCGCUGAAAGUGGGUCGGUCAUUGGGUCGGUGGGUUAUUGAUUGGGUCGGUCAGGCCGCCGAGUGCCUGAAGGCGGCGGCGGGGAUGAGUACGACAGGGCCGGUCGCGGCGGCGGCGGCGGCGGCGGCGCCGCAUCAGGACCCCUUCGAUGCGGCCGCCGCUGGUGACGAGAUGAACUGCGGGCGCCGUACAGGCCGAAGCGGCAAGUACGACAAGAAGUAUAUGCGCGAGUCUUCCACAGGCUGCGGGAGUUGUGGAGCAGGAGGCACUGCGCGCCAGCGAUCAGCACGGCGGGAAGCGGCGGAGGUACGGCAGCGGCGGCGGCGGCGGCGGCAAGAACCUAGUUGCCUUGAUGACGGCGGCAGGGGCGGGGGGAGCUGCACUGGGGAAAAUUGCGCUCCUCCGCUGCCACCGUACGGCUCGGCUCCCUGGGCGGUACUUGAGGCGGCACGAGGCCUACGGGACCGCACAGGACUACCACCACCACGGCCACUGCGGCCACAACAGCCGACAAAUCGCCAACGUGGCGGCGGUGGUGGCGGUGGCGGUGGAGGCAGUACGACGAGUGGCUCGGAAUCGAACUCCCCGGACGGCUCCGACCGCGGCGGAUCUUUCCACACCGACAACUCCACUGAUGAGGACGAGGACACGGCCCGGGAGGAGCAGUGCGCACCGCUGAGCCGGAGCGCACCAAGCCUUCACCGCAGUGGCAGUGACUACAGUGACUACGAGGGCUGCCGGGGGGGCGGUGGCGGCGGCGGCAGGGAUGGUGGCACGGGAACCGGCAGUAGCUGCAGCGGGCGGCUAGCCGCUUGUCGUAGUGCAGUAGAGAUCCAGGUGGACUUCCUGACUGUUCGUGAGGUGGCGGGGCUGAAUGCGGUGUUGCGGCGGGAGGGGGGCCUUCGGCCAGUGCGGGUGCGAGCGGGUCUCCAUCCGCCUUGGGUGUGGGCGGACAUGGCGGACUCGCUGCUGGACGGGUGA